AUGAUUGUGUUCUAUACUCUCGUAUCAUUAUUCAUUUGUUUCUAUCGUCCGAUUUCUACAUUGUCCUGUUAUGACUGUGCAUCAACGUUUCCAGGAAAUAAUGUAUGUUUACCGGAAUGCUCUCAAACAACUCAGCUGAACAGUACGUGCUUAUUAACACGUGAUAUUCCCCUCGAUGAUGACUAUUCUGGAUCGGUACGUGCUGCUCAUAUUAAUAGUGAACCUUUUAUAUUCGAUGCAGUUGACAAAUAUUUCAUUUUCGGCGAAGAAGCAGUCUAUCAGAAUCCAUCUGUCGCUGUCAACUGGGAUUGGGAAUACGGGCCGAUUACAUAUGGAUGUGAUACUCCUGGCUGUAAUAAUCCGCAAUAUGUCAAUAGUUUGCCAAAUGCGUUAAAGGCACGGAUACCCAAUGAAACAUUGGAUCGACUGUUGACUGGCACUCUCGAUAGCAGUUGCUAUGUAUGUGAUGAAUGUCUUGACGAAGAUGUUUCAACGACCGACAUGUCUAGCUGCCAACCGACGCUUUGUCCUCAGCACACUUGUAAUUUUGUUGCUACACGCAGUUCAACAACAGGCCCAGCGCAAUGUGAUGGCGGAUGGCAUUUUACAAGCGGUUGCAUACUUUCUAACGAACCUGCGCAAGUUCAAAUGAGUAUUAUGUACUAUAUUCGUUCAAAAACGAAUGUUAUCUAUCAGUUGGAAGCUACCUGCCAUAGUGACAAUUGUAAUAAUUUUACAACAUUCCGACAACUUAAGAAUGCUGUUACUGUUGAUCCCGAUUUGACUUGUUUAACUUCUAUUACUACUACAACAUCUUCAUCAACAUCAUCAGUUUCAAUAUCUAGCACGACCAGCAGCAGUACAUCCUCUUCCUCAACAGCAACAGGUUCAACUUCUACUACGACACGCACAUCGUCGAGUGGUGGUGGUUCGACAUCAACAUCAACAACAACAUCAGCACCUAGUUCUGCUAAACAAGUAUUGAUUAAUGUGAAAUUCAUCAUUCUGACGUUUCUAUCAUUAUAUAUAAUUAAAUUUUAA